AUCGAGCUCUCGCUGUCCAACGAACCAGGACUCGCACCUUCCUCCCUCCCCCGAUCUAUAUCUGGGGUUCCGAUUCCGAUCGCCACUGGAUUCCGCCAUUUCAUUCUCCAGAUCCCGAUCUGUUGGAGCUAGGUUUUCUGAUCGCCGAGGUCGGUGGCGGAGGGUAAAAGGUCGAGUUUUUAUAUCGGAUCCUGAUGUCCGUGCCGACGAUCGCGCUCUACGCGAGCCCGUCCGCUGGAGCAGCUAUCUAUGGCUUCGCGGACUUCGAUCUCAACUCCCGCUCCACCUCCCUCGCUGCCCAUGUUUCUUCCUCAGCUCCGAGGCCCAUCGGCGGCGGCUUGUCCCGCAUCUUCUCGUCUUCUGCUGCCACGCGCCACGUCGGCGGCGAUGAUUUGAGAUGCGACAGGCCGGACGAGCUCGGGAGCUCGUACUCGUAUUCUUCGUCGCCUUUCAAGUGCCGGGACCACAGCCCCGCGUCGGUGUUCCACGGUCCGUGCAGCGGGAGCGGAUCUGCCCGGAGCCCGCCUCGGAUGAGGAAUCCGAUCGGGAGCGAUUGGAGAACGGGAAAAGAUGGGUUCUUCAAGCGUUUCGUUCGGAAUGCCGUCAGCCCUUGCCUGGAUUACGAUUCCCCCAGCUUCUCUGGCAGCCAUUUCUGCAUCGAAGAGUUGCCUUUUGGUUUUGAUGACUGUACGAUGGACAUGAUGCUUCCUUCCGAUCGGUAUGCCGAAGAGUUGCUUGCAAAGGCUCAGUCAAGGCAUGAUAUUUUCCAUGAGGAGAUCGUUGUUAAGGCUUUCCACGAAGCAGAGAGGGCUCACAGGGGGCAGAUGAGGGCAAGCGGAGAUCCUUACCUGCAGCACUGUGUUGAAACAGCUGCACUGUUGGCGCAGAUUGGGGCUAAUGCUACAGUAGUGGCUGCAGGUCUUCUACAUGAUACUCUAGAUGAUUCUUUCAUGGAUUAUAACCAUAUUUUAAGGUCCUUUGGAGCUGAGGUAGCUGAUUUAGUGGAAGGGGUUUCUAAGCUGAGCCACUUGAGCCAGCUUGCUCGGGAUAAUAAUACCGCUAAUAGAAAUGUUGAGGCCGAUCGUUUGCACACAAUGUUUCUUGCGAUGGCAGAUGCUCGGGCAGUGUUAAUAAAGCUAGCAGAUAGGAUUCAUAACAUGGUGACAUUGGAAGCUUUGCCAAUGGACAAGCAGCAGAGAUUUGCCAAGGAGACUCUGGAAAUCUUCGCUCCGCUGGCGAGUAGAUUGGGAAUCUCAACUUGGAAAGGUCUGUUGGAGAACUUGUGCUUCAAACAUCUGCAUCCUGUGCUGCAGAAAGAUUUGUCCAAGCAGCUUCUUAAUUCCUUCGACGAAGCACUAGUUGCAUCUGCAGUACUGAAAUUAGGAAAAGCUCUAAGAGACGAGGAUGUUGCUUACCAUUCUCUCUCGGGGAGGCACAAAAGCUUGUAUAGCAUUUAUUCGAAGAUGAUCAAGAAGAAGUUGAGCAUGAAUCAAAUCCAUGACAUACAUGGUUUACGCUUAAUAGUCGAGAACGAGGAUGAUUGUUACAAAGCGCUUGAGAUUGUUCAUCAAUUGUGGCCCAAAGUUAUGGGAAGAUUCAAGGAUUAUAUAGCUCAUCCCAAAUUUAAUGGAUAUCAAUCUCUUCACACGGUUGUCUCGAGUGAAGAUAUGCUUCCUUUUGAAGUUCAGAUUCGAACGAAAGAGAUGCAUUUGCAGGCCGAGUACGGGUUCGCGGCACAUUGGAGAUACAAGGAAGGAAACAAGAGACACUCAUCUAAUGUGCUUCAAAUGGUGGAAUGGGCAAGAUGGGUCUUGAGUUGGCAAUGCACAAUGAUAAAAGUCGAAGGACCGCACCAAGAAACAAACUCGACGGACUCACCAUGCCCGUUCCCUUGUCACUCUGAAGAUUGCCCUUAUUCCUACACUCAGCGGUGUGCCCACGAUGGUCCUAUCUAUGUCAUAAUGCAGGAGAAUGAGAAGAUGUCUGUGCUAGAGUUUCCGGCAGAGUCCACCUUAUUCGACCUGAUGGAGAGGGUUGGAGGUGCUUUCUCUAUGAAGUCUGAUCUGAGGCCGAGGGUAAACGGUCAGCCGGCGGCGACCGACUUGAAUCAGAAGCUCAAAAUGGGCGACGUGGUGGAGCUGACUCCAACUCUUCCCACCAAGUCGUUGACAAAGUGCAGGGAAGAAAUCCAACGCAUGUAUGAACAAGGACUGACUCUUUCAAGCAGAGGCGGAUAAGUUUAUUAGCAUUGAUAUAAUCUCCAACAUUCAUUCUUAAUUUCUUCAAGUGUUCAUAUGCAAAUUAAUGAUUUUUUUUUUCCUUGUAAAUAUGUGCUCACAUGUAGAAAUGAUCGAAUACAAGAUUUAUAGAUUUUUUAGAUGUUGAAAAAUUGUGGCUUUGAGUGGA